CUCGUCAGCCAGCUAACCAGUCAACGGAGGUAGAGCUUCCUGCAUAUAGUUUUGUUAUUUGGGUUGUUGGCCUGUCCUUGCCAUUCCGUCGAAUUCAGUCCCACCAUGACAUCCACCUUAGACGAAAACAACAAGGAAAAGAUGCGCUCUGUGUCUGUGGAUCUAAACAAUGAUGCCUCUCUUCUCAUUGACAUUCCUGAUGCUCUCUGUGAAAGGGACAAAGUCAAGUUUACUGUCCAUACAAAGACCACACUCAGCUCUUUCCAGAAGCCCGAGUUCUCUGUUCCCAGGCAGCAUGAAGACUUCAUCUGGCUACAUGACACUCUGGUUGAGACAGAGGACUAUGCUGGCCUCAUAAUUCCUCCAGCGCCCCCAAAGCCUGACUUUGAGAGCCCAAGAGAGAAGAUGCACAAACUGGGGGAAGGUGAAGCUACAAUGACCAAAGAGGAGUACACGAAAAUGAAGCAGGAGCUGGAAGCUGAAUACCUGGCUGUGUUCAAGAAGACUGUCCAAGUGCACGAAAUCUUCCUGCAGAGACUGUCCUCUCACCCCAUUUUAAGCAAAGACAGAAACUUCCAGAUUUUCUUAGAGUAUGACCAGGAUCUGAGUGUGAGAAGAAAGAAUGCCAAGGAAAUGUUUGGAGGAUUCUUUAAAAACAUGGUGAAGUCAGCUGAUGAGGUUCUUAUCUCAGGAGUAAAGGAAGUUGAUGACUUUUUUGAGCAGGAGAAGACCUUCCUGCUUGACUACUACAGCAAGAUAAAAGAUUCCACUGCCAAGGCAGAGAAAAUGACCCGCUCACACAAAAAUAUUGCGGAUGAUUAUAUUCACAUCUCUGCCACUCUGAACAGUAUCUCUGCUGAUGAUAGUACAGCAAAUAAAAAGCACCUGGAGAAGUUGUCAGACCUGUUUGAGAAGCUCAGAAAAGUGGAAGGAAGAGUUGCAUCUGAUCAGGAGCUGAAACUGACAGAGCUGCUAAGAUAUUACAUGAGAGACAUCCAGGCUGCUAAGGACCUUUUGUACAGGCGAGCCCGGGCGUUAGCUGACUAUGAGAACUCUAACAAGGCUUUGGAUAAGGCUCGACUGAAAAGCAAGGAUAUUCCCCAGGCAGAGGAGCACCAGCAGCAAUGCCUGCAAAAAUUUGACAAGCUUUCAGAGUCUGGGAAGAAAGAGCUCACUGGUUUCAAGGGCAGACGUGUUGUGGCCUUCAGGAAGAACCUCAUAGAGAUGGCUGAGCUUGAGAUAAAACAUGCCAAGAACAAUGUGACUCUAUUGCAGGGAUGCAUUGACCUGCUCAAGAGCAACUGACAUGUUUUCAAGUGUUCCUGUCGUACCAUCACCAAGUGACCAGUCAUAACAAAUGGAAAUCUGGCGUCCCUGGGGCCUUGCAUGGACAUGAAUUGAAGCCCUAUCUCUGCUCCCACCCAAGGGCCUGAUGCCACUUUAAAACCCUGCACGAGACCAAGCGUCUUGUAAGCACAAUGUCCUCAUGUUUACAGAGUCCCUGUCCUCUGGUCUGUGGUCCAUCGUUUUCCAUUAUUAAUGGAAGUCAUACUCAAUGUGAAUACCUUCAGGCUGCCACCAUUAAGGUCUUCCAUACUCUGACAGCACCAGCAGAGGUGACUUUUCUGUUUUUUGGUUAUUUUCUUGAUUUCUCAAUUUAACAUUAUGCACAUAGUAAAAAAUCUUGCCUUUUUAUCAUAUGUCUGCCUCUAUGAAUUUGGACUCUAACCUCCUCCUUCAUGUAAAUACCCUUUUAAAGAAGCUUAGAGAAUCUUUUUUACAUAGUGAUAACCUCAGUUUUAUGAUUCAUCUGUUGCUUGAUCUUUUGGGGUGUGUGUUGUUUUUUUUUUCUUUUUUGGCUAAUGGAAUGGUUUUACAUAAGAAAAACUGGUGCCUGGAAAAAACAUCUUCAUGCUCUGCAUUCCUGGGCUCUGAGAUUAGUGUGCAACCAAACCAACCCUCUAGUAAUGAAACCCAUGACUGACUUAGAAGACAAGACAGAUCAUCUUCAAGUGUUCAAAAAUAGCUUCACUUCACCUCAGGAAUGGACAGUUGGAUUGGUUCCUAUGUUCUUGUUUGCAAGAAGUGGCCUCAGAUCCCAUAGUUGUCAAAGAUGCACAGUAGUUUUGCAAAAAUGGAUGAAUCAUGGAAGAGUUCAGCAAGAGAUUGGUGAGGAGAAUAAGUCAAAUAGUAGUAAUGACUAUGAGUCUGCAUUUUUGGUUUUAUUUGCACAGGGCACCUGUAGCACCCCUUCACUACAUUUAUUAUGUCCUCAGCAGCUUCUUCACCCCAACCAACUCUGCUUAUUCACCCCUUUCCUCUUCAGUGUGUAAUUGUUGUUUUUCUUUAUUUUGCCUUUUAUUCCCCUUUUGUUAUCGACAGGCUCCCAUGUAUCAGACCUGACAUAUUCACCAGUUUGUUUAUUUAAAACAGUUAGAAAAAGAUGCACUAAAAAGAUGAAAAAUACUUUACAAUGAUGACCAGGCUGGCUCAGUGGAGUGUUAAGAUGCAUUAUAGUUUUUUAAGAAAUUGAAUGUAUUUCUAAUGGAUUCCAACUGUGUGAAUUCCUUUACAUUAUGCUUUUCUUACAGAACAUUAGCAUUUUAUAAAUUUGUAAUGAUGGCAUUGAAUAAAUCCUACUUUCCCAA